UCGCCUCUUCUUCUUUCCCCAAACCCGAAGCUCACCGACAAACGCAGGACGCAGCGAAACCCUAAGCCCGAUUCACCUCACGUUCCAUGGGCUCGCCCAAUUCCAGUGACGAAGACGACGGCUCCAUCUUUCACGACGCUUACGACGACUUCCCGUUCUACGAUUCCCUGCCUCCCGACGACUCCGCCGUUUCUCUCGAUGAAUCGGAAUCGAAGCCCGCGCCGAAGAUUCCCUCCGGCCUGCGGCGCCGACAGGCUAGUAGGGUCUCCGCCGGAGGAGCUACCGAGGCGGUAUCGGGCUUCGCCGCCCGUUCCAGAGAGGAGAGGUCCAGGCUUUACUGCGAUUUGAAGGAAGACGAAGGUCCUAUUGAACGAGCGCGCUCGGAUGUGGACGGAAGGGGCUCGAUUUCGGUUCCGGAUGUUGCUCUGCGUGGUGAGGGCGAGGAAUCCACCAUAACGACAUGGAACUAUGCUGGAGUUGGCGACUCAGUGGGGUCGAUCGUGACUCCGUUCGAGGUCUGUAACGGCGCGAGCCAGCAGAAGAACGACGUGUCUACAGUGAGCUCGGUGGAUGACGACCGAAUUGGUGACUCGGUUGACUCGGCUGACUCGGUGGUUGCGCUUGGUCAAGCCACGUCUUCUAGUUUGCUCAUAUCUGUGGCGGGACUACUGAUUCAGGCAAUUGGGUUCCAAAUUAACUUGCUAGUUAGCUUUUUAACCUUUCCAUUUUGGUGCUUUCGUACAUUUUACGCGUUCGUCUUCAACCCCUAUGCGACAAUAAGGCGUGGCCUGGAGUGCAUAACUGGAAAGUCAUGGAGCAUAUGGAAUUUGAUAUUCGAUCAUAUGAGUCCUUAUGUACAUGAAUGGUUCAAGGAAAACAAGUCAUUUUGGAAGCUUGUGCUGCGAUGCGGUUGGGGGCUCUUUUGGUCUAUUUAUGUUUGUUUCAUCUUGUUCGGUUUACUUGUGUCUGCUACUCUGAUUAGUGGACUUGUAAUGAGGUUCCUGGUGGCAGAGCCGAUCAGGAUAGAGGAGAAAUUGAAUUUUGAUUACACGAAACACAGCCCGGCUGCUUAUGUACCCAUAAGUUCUUGUGCCGGUGUGGAUUGUGGAAUAAAAUGCAGAGAGAUUGUUAAUGUUGGGAAGCGCGGGAGAUCGCGGGUUAUUCCUCCUCAUCACAAGCUGGAAGCAACCGUGUCUUUGACAUUGCCAGAGUCUGAGUACAACAGAAAUUUAGGUGUCUUUCAGGUCAGGAUUGAUCUGCUGUCCGCUGAUGGUGAAGUACUUUCAAGUUUGAGCCAUCCACGUAUGCUGCUCUUCAAAAGCGAGCCUAUCCGCCUUCUCUUAACUUUCCUUAAAGUAGUUCCGCUGGUUGCUGGCUAUGUAUCGGAAUCUGAAACCAUUUAUGUGAAGUUUCAAGGUUUUAUUGAAGGUGAUGUACCCACUGCCUGCAUAAAGGUGAUCCUCGAACAACGGGCAGAAUUCCAUCCUGGAGCUGGUAUCCCUGAAAUAUAUUACGCGUCACUAACCCUGGAGUCCGAGCUUCCUCUUUUAAGAAGGAUCCUAUGGUAUUGGAAGAGGACCAUAUUCAUCUGGGUUAGCAUGGUGAUGUUCACUGUGGAGUUGCUUUUUACUCUAAUCUGCUGCAAGCCCAUCCUUAUACCACGAAUGAGGUGGAGCGUUGAUUCUGCUAGGAGUGAUGAUCGAAAUGCUCUCCCCUCAUAAUGAUGUUUGGAAAUUUGGCCUGCGGAUAGAUGAUGCAAAGGUAACAUCUCAUUUCUGGCAUCUGCACUCAUGUCCUCCAUUGAAAGAAUUUGAUUCGUCCGCGGUUUGAGUGCCUCCUCUGCAAAGUGGGUAAUAACGACCAAGCCGGGCCAAACAUGUGGGUCUGGACAAAGUUGUAAGGCCAUGUAAAAAAAAUUUUUAAGCAUUAAAUGACACAUUUGUAUUGUAUUCCUGCUCAUUCUUUGAUUCUUUUUCUCCUCCAGUCAAAUAGUAAAUAUCACGCUUGUGCCCUAAGUAUAUGUUGGCAAUGAGUAUUCGGCUUGUUACUUG